UGCAGGCUUCCCAGGGCCCCAGCCAUGGCAAAGAGCGGACUUGUAGUCUGCCUCCUGGUGAUCAGCUUGCUCCUGGACCAGGCCAGCAGCCACUCAUCCAGACUGAAGUCCAGAAAGCACAGCAAACGCCGCGUGAAAGAAAAGGAUGGAGAUCUGAAGUCUCAAGUUGAAAAACUCUGGCGAGAAGUCAAUGCCCUGAAGGAAAUGCAAGCUCUCCAGACAGUCUGUCUCCGAGGCACGAAAGUUCACAGGAAAUGCUACCUGGCUUCAGAAGGCCUGAAACACUUCCACGAGGCCAAUGAAGACUGCAUUUCCAAAGGGGGGACCUUGGUGGUCCCCAGGAACUCUGACGAGAUCAAUGCCCUCCGAGACUAUGCUAAGAGAAGCCUGCCUGGGGUCAAUGACUUUUGGGUGGGCAUCAAUGACAUGGCCACAGAAGGCAAGUUUCUCGAUGUCAAUGGAAUGGCUGUCUCCUUCCUCAACUGGGACCGUGCACAGCCCAAUGGUGGCAAGCGUGAAAAUUGUGUCCUGUUCUCCCAAUCGGCUCAGGGAAAAUGGAGUGAUGAGAUCUGCCGUACCAGCAAGAAGUACAUAUCUUUUCGGGAAUUUCUCAGUCAAAUAAAACAACAACAACAAGAAAAACUCCCCCAAACCCCACAAAAACAGAAACUAAAACUAAUGAAGCUGUACACUUGUCAGUAGUCUACUCUUGGCAUUAAGUUAUGACUUCCAACUUAAAUGAGAAACCAGAAAAGAAGAGUAGACGAUGACGGUGGGGGUGGGGGA